GCCCGCGCCGCUGCCGGAAGUUGGGUCGGCGUGAUGGCGGCGCGAAGCUGGGAGUGCGGGCGCGCGGCGGUGCCGGGGAGGCAACUAUGACCAGGCUUCUGGGCGUGGCGCGCAGAGUCGCUCUGGCCGCCGUGCGCCGUGGCUGCGGUUGCGGCGCGCUCGGCAUGUUCUACGCCGUGAGGAGGGGCCGCAGGGCCGGAGUCUUCCUGACCUGGAGCGAGUGUAGAGCGCAGGUGGACCGCUUUCCUGCCGCCAGAUUUAAGAAGUUUGCCACGGAAGAGGAAGCCUGGGCCUUUGUCAGAAACUCCGGGAGCCCUGGCGGGGCAGAAGGGCAGAAAGAUGAACCUGUGCAGGAAUCGGAAGCGAAGGCCAGCAAGCGCCUCCGCGAGCCCCCAGCCGACGGAGACGAGGACUCGGAGCCGUGCGCGAAGCUCGCGAAACCGCGCGCGGGGCCGGCGCCUGCCGUUGGCAAGGACACAUUCUCGUAUAUGGGGGAACAUGCCAUCGUCUACACUGACGGCUGCUGCUCCAGGAACGGGCGGCACAGGGCGCGGGCGGGCAUCGGCGUUUACUGGGGCCCCGGCCAUCCUCUAAACAUAAGCGUUAGACUCCCCGGGCGACAAACCAACCAGAGAGCAGAAAUUCAUGCGGCCUGCAAAGCCAUCGAGCAGGCCAGGGCGCAGCGCAUCAGCAAGCUGGCUCUGUACACCGACAGCAUGUUCACCAUCAACGGUACAAGGGACAGGGUGUGGAUUCAGGGUUCCGAGCCUGCUGUUCCGGUAUUUGCCACGUCGAUAUUUCUUUGCCAGGCACCAGAGACAUGGCAGUAAGGUAGAUAUGUCCCUGCUCCAUGGCACUCCAAGUCUAAGUGUCCCAAUGGCCUUAGCAGUACCAUGUGUAGGAGCGCAGGGAGGGAUGCUGAAGUCUGGGAAGGCUUCCUGGAGGAGGUGACAUCUUGGCCUGGGAGCUAGGUCAAGUACAGAUGAGAGCAAAGGGACCAGACAAGGCCUGCUCUGGGUCUGUGCCAGAAGCCCAAGCACGGCCCAGGGAAGGGAAUGAGAUGUCCGGACUGCCACCAGAAUACAAGACGGAGGGAGUGAGCGGGACGUCCAGGGAGGAGAGACCGGGGCAUCCGAGACUAACCAGUGUGUGAGGGCGUUUCUCCCAGGUAUCACUAACUGGGUUGAAGGGUGGAAGAAAAAC